GCUGCUUCCCCCUUUUUUUUUUGUUGCUGGGAUCCCCUCUUUUCGGCGCCCCUUGCUUAGACACCCCCUUUGGCUGAGCCCCUGGAGAAGAGAAGAAGAGAAGAGCAGGAGGAGGAGGAGCUGCAUGUGCGUGUGACUUACCGUUAGAGUGCGAGCGGGACGGCAUGUGCUGGGUCACAAUGGCCCGCAAGGACGAUCCCGUUUUCAACGUGCGGUUCGUGCAGUUCGUGGAAAAUCAGCCCUGCCUGUGGAACUACACACAUCCGGGAUAUAGCAAAAAGGAGGAGGUGCAGAGGGCGUGGCAGCAGGUGGCCAAUGAGAUCAAGGACUCGGUGCGCAACUGUCGCGAAAGGUGGCGCACGAUAAGGAGCAGCUUCCUCCGAUCCUUGAAACUGGCACGCACCCAAACGGGCCGCGGGAAGCGCAAAUACUACCUGUCCAAGUACCUGCAGUUCCUCAUACCCUACACCAAGUCGCGAUCCUGUCACAAGCAGCUGCCUGCGCUGGCCACCACUGGUAGCACUGGUAGCCCGACGGCGGGAAUGGUGCUCCGUAAGCCCGGCAAUGCCGCAUCCAGUGCACCCAACUACCCAUCGGAUCCCAAUCAGCAGGAGGAUGAGGAGGAGGCCAAAGAGAGCGAUAGCGAAAUGCCACUGGAUGUGCAGGUUUCCGAGGAGGAAGAGGAACUGAAUCACCCAGGACGAGAUCGGGAGCAGGAUCCGAAUCAGAAUCAAGAGCAACCCACCGCCUGUUUGCCGCUGCGCCUUCAGGCGAUCAAAGUGGAGCAGCCCUCCCAGAAUGCGAAUCAGCAGAAUACGAGCCCGCAGCUGGAGAGGAUUGUGAACCAUCAGUCGCUGGUCACAGUGCCUGCCGCCGCCUUGGGCAGCCACCUGGACUGGACGGAUCUGUCGCAGUGGUUCAAGGGCAACAGCGGCCAUCAUCUGAGUCACCUGAAUCACAAGAUAACCACACCACCGCCACCGCCGGCCACGCCAGCUUUGGGAGCUUUAACCGGAGGAUUCGGCACCGGAUCGGGAACCAUUCCCUCGCCACCGGAUGCCGACUACUCCUUUCUGAUCAGCCUGCAUCCGUACCUCAAGGAAAUGAGCGGAAAGCAGAAUCGACGGUUUCGCCAGAAAGUCGUCGGUCUCAUCGAUAAUAUUCUGGACAACAUAGAUCUUUAACUGAGGGGGGAUCUAUUCAUAAACAAAUACCUUACAAUUGGUCCAGUGAUAAGCAUUAACAUGAUAAAUCCAAAUCAUUUAUCUAUACAAAACACCGUUUAAAUCGGGUUUUUAAAAAAUUAUACAAUUUUGCAUUAAUUGAAAGCAAGGUCACACUGUUUCAAACAGCUGACAAUCAGCUGGUACCUGAGGGAAACCUUAACCGUUUUCAGGAGUCCUUAAAAUAUUUAAAUGUUUGCACAACAAAGCUAAGAUCUUUCUGGACCUAAUACUAUUAGACCCAUCAAAAGAUAAAAGAUUACAUUUUGAUCAGUUUGAAAAAUCUAUUUGUCCAUAUCAAAUCUAUUGAAUCAUACCUUUUCAACCAGUUAAUUUUGGUUUCAAAUUAUAUUCUUGGGGAAUUGCUGGCCAUUAUAAUUCUACCUUCUAGACAAAACACUUAGUUUUUAGUUAUUUAUGUCUAAGAUAAGUGAAUUUAAAUGGGAUUUAUUCUGUAUUCGCUAAAACUGAAUCAAAACUUUGUAAACAAAAUCAUCAAUUUAUUGAUUUGAAAUUCAAAUUGAUAAGCUGACAAAACUCCACUUUUGUGAUAUUUUCUCACUGAGUAAAAAACACAAAAACAAGGACGAAUUGAUAGAAAACAAAUCCAGAGAAACGCCAACAGUGCCCAUUUAUUAAAUGUAUAGAGCGUAUUUUUAAUGCGCUUUUUGUUGUUGUUAAACACAAAUUAAUUUGUUAUUUGUAAAAUAAAGACUAUACAAAAUGUAA